AUGAACGGGGCUCACAGGUCCAUUGUUGAUACAGAUCCGAAUAACACCCAACCCAGACCACCGACCACUUCAUCAGAUCGCGCCGGUUCCUACGCACCACAGCAUGCCAUGAACCCCCCAAACUACCCCCAAGCUGGACACGCUUUUCGAUCAUCCAAUGCGCCUCAACAACCCUAUCAGUCCCUGUCAAUGGCCACGAUGAACAUCUCUCCUUUCAACACCGAUUCCAUGAGUGGUAUCACGAGUCCGCAAGCGUCCACCGGCCCUUUUGGCAACGCGCCCUCGUCCGUCAUCAUUCGAAAACUUCCCCUCAACACCACCGAAGACACUCUGCGAUUAAUGGUGGUAUGGUCAAAGGAAUUUAUGGACGCCGAGGUCUUAUCGCGCGACAAGUCUGAGGAUACUGGAUUUCGUUCCGCGGUCUUGCGCUUCAAAUCCCACGCAGGCGCCCUCGAAGCGAAGAACAUGCUGGACGGAAAACCCAACGUCGCAAACGAUGCGCAAAUGGUCGUCGAGAUGUUUUACGGUCAACCUUCCACGACCCGACGCUACACGGUCGAUAACACCUCGAAACCCGGCCCCUCGAGUUCCACCUCGUCAACGGCUUCAUCUGGAGGCCCGACCCCUCGACAACCGGGUAGAUAUAACGGAAAUUAUCAAUCAAACCAAAGAGUUUCUCCUACUAAUGGCUAUUCGAGUAACGAGCUACCCAACCCAGAGGUUAGCGCACACUACCAGAGCUUGUUUUCCCCACAGUCUCCUAUUGGUAAUCACUUGAACGAGAGAACUAGAGUUACUGGAAAAUCUUUAAUCAAUAAUGACUCGGUUGACGAUGACGAGACGGGUGAACUUCUCAAGGAUCCUGUUGCGUAUGCCGAAAAUGGGUCCUCCUCGGUUCAAGCGCGUCGACCAACCAAUCCACAGAUCCCAAUUUCACGCAUGGCGGGCUUGUCACUUAAUACAAACAAUGCUGCAGGUCCAGCGCCCUUAUCCUCCUACAAUCAACCUUUAUCUUCCAUCUCUCAGCACACGAACCCCAUGUCACCAUGUACCCUGACCAACGGUGGUCAGCCUGUCAAUUACCAGCUUGGCAGUCAGCACUAUCAACGACAUAACUUCCCACCCGUCAAUCCUGCUGAUCAAAAUCCUCCAUGCAAUACCUUGUAUGUUGGCAAUCUACCCAUCGAUACAUCCGAGGAUGAGCUCAAGGCAAUGUUUUCCAAGCAACGUGGCUACAAGCGUCUCUGCUUCAGAACCAAGCAGAACGGACCCAUGUGCUUUGUCGAGUUUGAAGAUGUCUCAUUCGCAACCAAGGCUCUCCACGAGCUGUAUGGACAUCCCCUUCACAACAGUAUCAAAGGCGGCAUUAGAUUGAGCUUCUCCAAGAAUCCUCUUGGUGUACGAGCUGGCCAAGGAAUGGCUUCUCCCGGACCUUCGGCUGUUCAACCAGGUAUGCAGGGAAUGAGUGGGGUCAUGCUUGGUCAAAAUCCUUCAUUUAGCACCGCCAGUGGCCCUCCUCCAGGACUUUCUGCUCCACCGGGACUUGGUCCGAGUCGAAUGGCAUAUGCCAAUAAUGUUAAUCCCAUGAAUAGAACUACCAACCAGUAUACCGCGGCGUCAUUUGGAGGAAACACUAAUGGCUGGAACGGACCCGUCUUUAAUGGUACGAUGGCUGCUGGUGGUCCACCUGCGGCUAUGUUUGCAGGAACACACAACGGACAUCCCCCAGCAUACAUGAUGGGAAGGUAG